CCAGACCGUUUGUCCCCACUGCCUUACCUUUUCAAUCCAGCACCCAACGCUCCUCUCUCUGUCUCUAUCUAUUCUCUCAAACAAUGAAGACCCGUUGAACCAUCUCUCUCUCUCUCUCUCUCUCAAUAAACGGAAUUAAGAACUCACUGCUUGUUUCUGCGAGAGACAGAGGAAGAAAGAGGGGGUCUGCAAUGGGUUGUUUUCUUGCGUGUUUUGGUUCCUCCAAAGAUCGCAAACGCAGGAGGCAGAGGCACAAGGUUCAGCCUCGAGACCAAAGGAAUGCUAAUUGUACUCCGCCGCAAUCUGCAGCUUCUUUGGUACAUGACCGUCUGGAGAACACUAUCACUCCACUUUCGGAAGUCCCGGUUAAGCCUGUGGAGCAAUUGAGCUUGAGCACUGAUAAAAGAGUGACUUUUGAUUCAAACAUCAGAACAUACGAGCACGAGGAAGUCACUGAUUUUUCGCUGAAAAUUGAAGAAGGUGGCAAGAAAAAGGAAGAGAAUUCAGAAAAGUCAAGUCAAUCUCACUCCUCUGAUGUUAGUUCAAUCACAUCGAGUGCUGGAUCUUACCCUUCCAAUCACCGGUACCAAAAUUGUAGAGACAGCGAGGAUGAACUAGAUGAUGACAGCGAUGUCGAUGAUGAUCAUGAUGAUGAUGUUGACGGGGUUCUAGAGGAUUAUGAUGACAUAUACGAGGAUGAUUACGAUGCUAGUAUUUCAAGGGCAAGAACUCCAGUUACUAAAGUGGUAACAAAUGAAAUUGAUAGCUCCACAGUUAGAGAAAAUUUUGCGGACGGAGCUGUGAAACCAAUUGGGUUGAAUUGCAACACUAGAGAUAGGAGUACUUAUGUGCAUUCAGUGCUGAAUCCAGUUGAGAAUUUAACUCAGUGGAAAGCUGUAAAAGCAAGAGGGACACCACCACUGGGGCAACAGAAAGAGAAUUCCACGUUGGAUCAGGAAUCUCAGAAGUCAUUUAGCUCAGAGCCUUGCUUUAAGGAAAUGUCCUUUAGCUUCAAAGAAAAAUCUGAUCAGCCCAAGAAAUCGAACCAAGAGAUAGCAGUCGAUGCUAGUCUCUCUACCUGGUUGGGUUCAGCAGAAAGUACACCCUCUACCAAGACUAGCACCAGAACAAUUGCUUUGGAUAGCAUUACACCCAAGCAAAGUAUGUUGCAAGGAUCUAAUUCACCGAUCAGCUUUGAAGAUAGGCCUAUUUUAGGUGCACUAACUGUAGAAGAACUGAAGCAACUGUCAAAUUCUUCUUCGCCAAGGAAGUCACCAAGUAAAAGUCCCGAGGAGAUGCCUAUCAUAGGUACUGUUGGAACUUACUGGAACGACACUAACUUCGCUAAAGAUUCAGGCUCAGCCACUUCUUAUAAAGGAAUACCAAACACAACCAGCAAGUAUAGAGAGGAUAAGAGAGUGAAAUGGCACUCAACUCCAUUCGAGACAAGAUUGGAGAGAGCUUUGAAUAGAGGUGUUCCCGCAGCCUACUCCUCGCAAAGCUUCGACUAGAGUCAUUGCUGAAGUUUCUGAGAUGGUUUCAGAGUUUUUAUCUGCUGUGUGUCAUUCCUCUAAUUUAUGAAUCAUUGUCAAUUAAAAUGAGUUUGUUUGUGACAUUUCCUUUACUGUCUUGUCUUGUAUUGAAUUGUCUGUACAAUGGAAGUUGUUUUUUUUUUUACUGUACUUAUGCCUGUUCCUUUAAA